AUGGCGACCGAGCCUCACGGUCGAUACCUUUUCGCGGGCGACGUGGAAGGUCGCCUGCAUCUGCUCUUCAAACGAGCCGCUGCGGUGAACAAGUCCAACGGUCCUUUCGACUGUCUCUUCUGCGUCGGCGCUUUCUUCCCGCCCGCCGAUCCCGCUACCGCCGGUGGAGGCGGAGCUGGCGGCCAAUCGGAGCUGGAGGAUUAUAUUGCGGGGCGCGCCAAGGCGCCGCUUCCGACGUUCUUGAUUGGCGACAUUGGAGUCGGCGCGCAGCGACUGCUGGAGAUAGCUGAGCGGGGCGGAGGGGGGGCGGCGACGCGGAAAGAAGGGGAAGCAGGGGAGGAGAAAGGAAAAGAGGAAGGGAAGGAAGAACAGAAGGAGGAAGUAGAAGAGGGGGGGAAAGGGGAGGGGGAGGAGAAAGGGGAGGGAGAGGACAAAGGUGAGGGGGAGGAGAAAGGGAAAGGGGAAGAGGCACCGGAGGGGGAGGGGGAUGGAAGCAAAGCGGUCGGUGAAGCAGGGGAAGCGGAGGAGAGCAAGGGGGAGGUUGGGGCGGGCAGGCAAGGAGGGGGGUCAGGGGGAGGCGAGAAAGAGGAGGACGAGGAGGUGGGGGAGGGGGAGUGGAGGUCGCACAGGCGCGUGAAGAUAUGUGACAAUAUCGAAUGGCUGCGCGGAGCAGGCAUUGCUGACCUGUGCGGCCAAAUCAAGCCGUCCCCUCUCUGCCUGCCUGCUGGAUCCAAUCCGCCCUACCUGUCUUCCACCCCGCCCCUUCCCUCCCUGUUCCGCCCCACAGGCCUCAAGGUGGCCUAUCUGGGCGGCAGAUACGAUCCCGCCACGUACCUCUCGAAGCAGGGGGGCGGCACGGGGGCGGCGGAAGGGCGGCAGGAACGGGCGGCAGUGGAGGCGCUGGUGGAUGCGGGGGCGGAUGGGGCGGCAAUUGACAUGCUGCUCACCAACGAGUGGCCCAAGGGGGUCGCUGCUCUCACCCACCCCUCCCUGCUGCCCACGCCGCCGCCCGCCACGUCAGCGUCGGCGCCUGCCAGCGUGGACUGGGCGGGUGUGGGGUCGCCAGUUGCUGCCACGCUGGCCAAGGAGCUCAUGCCACGUUACCACGUGGCCGGUGGUGCGGGCUUCUUCUUUGCCCGCCCGCCCUACAUCAACUCCGCCACGUCAGCAGAAGACGCCUCCACAUCAGCAUCAGGCCCCGUGACGCGGUUCAUAGGUCUAGCCCCCGUGGGCAACAAGGCGAAGCAAAAGUUCCUCCACGCGCUCUCCCUGCGCUCCGCCUCCUCCCUCCCCCUCUCCGACCUCGCCGCCCAGCCCCCCGAUGCCACCCCCUCCCCCUUCCUCCCCCGCCCCUCUUCCGCCAAGAAUCAAAUCUGGACCGGCAGCCUCGCCGCCCCUGACGGUGCCGCCCGGGCUGCUGCCGCUGCCGCCCAGGCGAAGGCCGAAGAGACAGCUGCCAAGCGCACCUUCUGGGAAAGUUCCGACGGGGGAAAAGGAGGGGGGGAGGGGGCGGUAAAGCCUGCAUGGGCGCUAAAGGUGGAGGAGGAGGAGGCGCGGGGGGUGGGGGGAGCAGGGGAUGGGGAGCAGUACUGGCGGUACGCUGCAGGGAAGAAGAGAGUGAGGCGGGACGGGGGACCAGGGGGAGGAGGGGGGGGCAGGGAGGGCAGGGAGGGGCCUCAGAGGAUGGAUCACCACUGCCUCGCAACCUAUGCUUUGAGCACUUCAGCAAGGGCAGCUGCAGCAGAGGGACGGACUGUCGAUUCAGACACUCGCUGGCGGAUGGGGAGGUGGGGGGAGGAGGGGGGGGAGGGGCAGGGGGGAGGCGAUAACGCUGCUGCUGGCUCUGUUGCUGCUGCUGUUGCUACGGCUGCUGCCGUUGCUGCUGCUGCUGGCGUGGGUCCCAGCAGUGGUGGCCCAUCAGAGCUGCCCAAGGGAGUGUGCUUUGACUUUGUGCGCCGGGGCAGCUGCACUCGCGGGGACACCUGCCGCUUCGCCCACUCGCUGCCCUCCACCUCCCCCGGCCUGCUCGGCACUCCGCCUCCCCUCACCCCCGCCUCCCUCGCCGCACUGCUUGCCCCCCACGCAGGGCCCCCCCCAGGGGGAGCAACAGGAGGAGCAGCAGCAGGGGGAGUAGUGCCGCCCGCCCCAGCGCCAUGCUGGUUCUGUCUGGCGUCCCCUAAAGUGGAGACCCAUCUGGUGGUGUCGGUGGGCGAGCAUUGCUACGUGGCGUUACCCAAGGGCCCCCUCGUGCCGGGGCACGUGCUCAUCCUCCCUAUAGAGCACUUCCCUAGCGUCAUCUCGCUGCCAUCCGACGCGCUGGCGGAGAUGUGGCGGUACAUGGGCGCGCUGAGGCGGUGCUUUGAGGCGCAGGGGCAGACCGUGGUGGCGUUUGAACGGUUCCUGCAGCUCAGAGCGGCCACUCACGCGCAUGUGAACGUGAGUGGGAGCGUGUUGGACGACAUAAAGCAGAUCAGCUGCUCAUUGCACGUGAUGCCACCUCCUGGGAAAGGCGGGCAAGGUGCUCCUUGCCUGCUGUUGAUGUGGCUUCGCCCCUCCCCUGCCUCCAAUGCGCCCUCCAAUCCCUUCCUGCCCACCCCGGGUCACCUGGUAACCAGGUCACCUGCACCCCUUCUUCCUCACUGCUCACUCCUCUUCCCCCGCUGCCCACUGCUCACUCCUCUUCCCCCGCUGCCCACUGCUCACUCCUCUUCCCCCGCUGCCCACUGCUCACUCCUCUUCCCCCGCUGCCCACUGCUCACUCCUCUUCCCCCGCUGCCCACUGCUCACUCCUCUUCCCCCGCUGCCCACUGCUCACUCCUCUUCCCCCGCUGCCCACUGCUCACUCCUCUUCCCCCGCUGCCCACUGCUCACUCCUCUUCCCCCGCUGCCCACUGCUCACUCCUCUUCCCCCGCUGCCCACUGCUCACUCCUCUUCCCCCGCUGCCCACCGUACAUGCAUGGCAGGUGGUGCCCAUCCCCCAGGACAAGGCAGACCAGGUGCUGCCUGCCUUCACUGCCGCUGCUUCCUCCCACAACUUCCAGUUCGCCACCGUCCCAAAACCACCUGAGGGGCAGCACAUGGACGAGGUGAAGAAGCAGAGCCGAGGGGGCCAGUACCUCACAGUGGAGCUGCCCGAUGGGUCACUGCUGGUGCACGCCAUCGACCGCGGUGCCAAGCUGCCCAUGCAGCUGGGAAGGGAGGUGAGGAGGGGGUGGGGGGAGAGAGAGGUGGUGGCGGGGGUGGUGGGGUUGCCGGAGAGGGGCGACUGGCGGGCGUGCAAGGAGACGGCAGAGGAGGAGGCAGCCAUGGCUGAUGCCUUCAAGAAGCAGUUCCAGCCGUUUGACAUCAUGGGGUGA